GUCAUUGAGUUAGUCUGCAAGGGGAGGGUCGUUUCUUUUCAGCGCUGGCAAUCGAACCCUCUCCAUCGGUCACCGACCCUACGCUUUGGGUUUUUGUGUGCACUGGCUUUUUCCACUGUUGUUGGUUUUAGUUUAUUGUUUGCCCGGGCAUUUUGUUUGCCUACUUGUUUGCUUGCCUCCUUAUUGGUUGGACUGGGGGAGGGGGCGUUUUGGGUCCUUUCCCCUCCCCCACACACCGGCUCGCGUCCUUUACCUCUUCGCUGGGCUAAGGCUACAGUUGCUGCUGCACUAGUUGACGGAGCGGGCUCGCUGGCGAGCGGAGGGACAGGAUGGAGCAUACCGAGCUUCUGAAGCCGCGGACCUUAGAAGAGCUGAUCCGGAUCCUGCACGAAAUCUUCUCCGGGGACAGCAUCAGCGUGGAAGAGGUGCAGUCCAUCAUGGAAGCCUACGAGAGCAACCCGACGGAGUGGGCAGCGUACGCGAAAUUCGACCAGUACAGGUACACCCGAAAUCUUGUGGAUCAAGGAAAUGGAAAGUUUAACCUGAUGAUUCUGUGCUGGGGUGAAGGGCAUGGCAGCAGUAUCCAUGAUCAUACAGACUCCCACUGCUUUCUGAAGAUGCUGCAAGGAAACCUCAAGGAGACUCUCUUUGCAUGGCCUGAUAAGAAAUCCAAUGAGAUGAUGAAGAAAUCCGAAAGAAUCUUGAGGGAAAACCAGUGUGCCUACAUCAAUGAUUCUAUUGGUCUACAUCGGGUGGAAAACACAAGUCAUACGGAACCUGCUGUUAGCCUUCAUUUGUAUAGCCCACCCUUUGACACUUGCCAUACCUUUGACCAAAGAACAGGACAUAAGAAUAAAGUCACAAUGACAUUCUAUAGCAAAUUUGGAGAAAGGACUCCAUUUGCAACUUCAAGUUCAUUGGAGAACAACUAAAGAGAUUCAGUCGCUAGAGUAUUUUUUCCUUUUUUUUUCUUUUUAAAAUAUGCAGAAAUCUUUAAUUGUGGCCAAAGAGCCACCAAUCACUUGCUGUCCAAUAGUACCUUGGAAUAUGAUGCUUAGAGAUGUAUUAGGGCAGGCUUCUGGGUGCUUGUAGUUAACUUGGAUGAAUGCUAAUGACAGGGAUCUAACUGAGUAAACAAUGCCAGGAGAUACUGGAGAGGAGAAGUCCUAUUUUUAUGGUUGAUAUACUUGGAAGACCUAACCAGAUGCUUUCUUGGGCCUGCCUCCCUCUCUCUCCCCCUCUCUCUCCCCCUCUCCCCCCCUCUCCCUCCCUCUCUCUCUCUCUCUCUCCCACUCUCAUCCUUACAGUCCCCUACUAGGAAAGGCAGUGAAGUCCUCUUGACAGUUUCUGUCCCUCAAAAUUGGUAAUAAUUAGCAAUAAAACCAAGCAUCAGACCUCAUAAUCCUACCUUUGUUAUCCUGAGAAUUAAGUAUACAAAUUUUCAUUUUGUUUUCUAUUCUCUAAGAUGUUCAAGAGAAUUGUUUUUGAAUCUAGAUUUUGCUGGGUUUUCUUUCCAUCUUCACAAAUUCCUUUUCUGUGUAAAGAGACACUUGAGUCAGUUUGCCCCUUGGUUGUAAAAUAAAGGGCAAAGAUGUAGGUGGAGUUCAUAGCAAAAACAAAUCACAAAUGUGUUUUAAUGUGACCAAAUGUCCAUGUAAAAUACUUUUUGUAUUGCUACCAAAAUUGUCAGAUUAACUUGAAUAAAACUGAAUUUGAACAUAA